UGCAAUUUCUCAGGCACUAGCAUUAGACACAAAUUUCUUAUGGUUCCACUGAAUUUGCAGAGUAAACACAUGAGCUGCACCCCGCACAAUAAGACACUGAUAAAGUGCAAUAUCGGCAAUCCUUUCAAGCAAGGCGCUCCUGCCAACAUUCAGCUUCGGUUUGAUCCGAAGGGUCUGGCAGAUACUGAAUCCCAGCUGGAAUUUGUUGUGUUUGCCAACUCAACAUCAAAGGAAUUAGAUCCUCAGGCGCCCUCUACUCUACACACCAGUGUCAUUCGCAGGGCGGAAAUUUCUGUCACAGGUUCUGUGGAUCCGGAUCACGUUUAUUAUGGAGGGGUUGUGCGCGGAGAAUCAGCCAUGGAGCACCUUGAUGACAUUGGUGAGAGAGUGAUGCAUACGUACCACAUCUUCAACCAGGGACCUUGGAAAGUUGGUAGCCUUGAAGUGCAUAUAGAAUGGCCUUUCCAAGUUGCCAACAACAAACCGCAAGGAAAAUGGCUUCUGUAUCUUGAAGACAGACCAACUGUAGAAGGACAGGGCGGUGGAGAAUGCUUCAUCGCACAUGGCCAUGUGAAUCCCUUGAACCUGACUCGCCGACCUGGAGUGGAAGAGCUCCCUCUGGAGUCUCUGAGACUCCCUUCAAGGCCUUUAGCUGCUACUUUGGAACCUCCGGAGCCCACGUGGGAAUCAGAUCAUCCUCAGACUCGGCGAAGGAGGCGAGAUGUUGAGAUGGUUGUCAGAGCUGAGUCUUAUGUAGAUAAAGAUGGGAACAAACAUGAACUUGUUAAUAUGAACUGUCUUCUGGGAACGGCAAAAUGCUUAAAAUUUUAUUGUGUGGUAUUUAAUCUGCGAAGGAACCAUGAGGCUACCGUCAGGAUACGAGCCAGGUAUGAUUGACGUUUGUUAUUAAGUUUUGAUACCUGGUCAGCUUG